AUGUCAGAACAACAAGUCGAUCAGCCAAUGACUUCUGCCGAAGAAGUAGCUCCUGCUCCCGUGCCGGCUUCAGCCGAGAUGGAGGCCAUGCAGGCCCGUCUCCAACAGCUCCAGGAGGAGGCAUCCAAGCUCGAGUCCAUGCAGCAGGACGCCACCAAGUCGUCCGAGGAUCUCAAGGAGGACCAGGAGGAGAUUGACGCGCGAUCCAUCUACGUGGGCAAUGUCGACUACGGAGCCACCCCCCAGGAGCUGGAAAAGCACUUUGAGAAGUGCGGAUCCGUCCAGCGAGUCACCAUUCUCAUGGACAAGUUCACCGGCAACCCCAAGGGCUACGCGUACAUCGAGUUUGCUGAGCCCAAGGAUGUGGCCCAGGCAGUCACCCUCAACGACUCCGAGUUCCGACAGCGACAGCUCAAGGUCAGCGCCAAGCGAACCAAUAUCCCCGGUUUCAAGGGCGGCCGAGGCCGAGGACGGGGUCGAGGAGGUCGUGGAGGCUUCCGUGGACGUGGAGGCUUCCGAGGAGGACGAGGACGAGGCGGUUACGCCCCUUACUAG